AUGGCCGGAGCACCGGACGUGGAAUCGGGUAUCUCGCCGCUUACGUUUACCGUUGCAGUCACUGCACCACCAUAUUCACUGAACAAUGGAAAUAAAGUAAGUCAAGCCAAAAUUUGA